AUGGGCCUGCAGUGUUUGUUAAUUGUGAUUCUUUUUCUGCUUGGAUGUGCAGAAUCAAGGUCCUCAAUUCAUGCCUUCAACCACACUGACAUACAAGUAGCAAUAGAAGACAUGAGAUCAAAAUCAUACUAUGGAUUUGCAAUGCUUUUGCAGAUGCUGAAUGGAACAUCACAGCCAAUUAGGGAGCUAACUUUCUUUAUGCCAGAUGAUAGAGAACUAUCUUCUGCUUCCAUUUCAGCUGAUGAAAUAGAUGAGUUCUUGCUAAGCCAUGCCAUCCCAAUGCCUCUCUACUUCAAUGAUUUAUCUCAUUUCCCAACUGGCACCGUUGUUCCCUCAGGGGUGAGUUCCAGAAUGAUUCAUAUCCACAACCGCGGCAGGGGCGAUUACUUUGUUAAUAAUGCACAAAUCGUUUCGGCAAAUGUUUGCUUGAACUCUGUCAUCAAAUGCCAUGGCAUUGAUGAAGUAAUUGAAUAUGAUGCUUGA